AUGUCAGUUAAAGACGUUUUUCCUUUGAAGAAGAAAGAAGAAUCUAAUGACGAGGAAAAAACAAUGAAAAGAGCAAAACAAACACUAGGUGGAAAUGAGGAAAUAGACAAAAGAAAUAAAAGAGCAGAGGAAAAUCAUGAAGGAAAAGAGCAAGAAGUAAAAAAGAUGGAUGAAAAUGAUAAAGAGGAAUGUGAAAAUAGAGAAGAAACUGAAGAACAGGAAAGUAAAGAUGAAAUUAAUAUAGAUGACCUUAAAAAGAACAAUGAGCAACUUCAUACAAAAAAGGAAUCAGAAAAUGAGAUAAAGAAAAGAGAAGAGGAAAGUAAUGAUAAAGAGGAAAAGAUCAGAGAGAUGGAGAGAAAAGAGAAAGAAAUAAGAGAUAGAGAAAGACGCAAGAGGGAGAAUGCUGAAAAAGAGGCAAGAUUGAAAAAAGAAAAAGAGAGACAUGAGAACGAGAGACAAGAGAGAGAGAAAAAAGAAGAGGAAAGUAAUGAUAAAGAGGAAAAGAUUAGAGAGCUGAAGAGAAAAGAAAAAGAAAUAAGAGAGAGAAAGACGCGAGAGGGUGAAGGCUGA